GAAUGUUCAGAGCCAAAAUGUCGUCAUUUGACCACAACCAUCCAACAUCCAUAUAAACCUUGGGAGGAUCCUCUGAAAAGAGGAAACAGAACCGCCAUUUCCUACGAGACUUUAACCCAGCAGGGGGAGGCGAGAUCCGAGAGGCGAGCCAUUGAGGAGGAAAAGGGGGAGUUAAGAGAGAGGCAGAGGGAGAGACGGAGAGGAGAGUGCGUGACAGAGGGGUUGAGAGAGAGAGAGGGAGAGAGGGGACGCUGCUGUUAAUAGAAGAGGAAACGUUUGGUGGCGGAACAGUGCACAACCCAGGGACUACAGCAUUGCCGUUGGAUUUAACAGCCCGGGCAGAUUUUUCCCCCUCAUUUUUUUUCCUUUACCCCUCAUUUUUUUUCCUUUACCCCAUUUUUCUGUUUGUUUAAAACGGCGAGGAUGUCUGGACAGAGCAUAACAGACCGGAUAGCGGCAGCCCAACACAGUGUUACCGGUUCCGCGGUGUCCAAGACGGUGUGCAAGGCGACCACGCACGAAGUCAUGGGGCCAAAGAAGAAGCAUUUGGACUAUCUGAUCCACUGCACCAACGAGAUGAAUGUGAACAUCCCUCAGCUGGCCGACUCGCUGUUCGAGCGCACCACCAACACCAGCUGGGUGGUCGUGUUCAAAUCCCUCAUCACCACACACCACCUUAUGGUCUACGGCAAUGAGAGAUUUGUACAAUACCUGGCCUCCAGGAACACAUUAUUCAACCUCAGUAAUUUUUUGGACAAAAGCGGGUUACAAGGAUAUGACAUGUCCACCUUCAUCCGAAGGUACAGCCGCUACCUGAACGAAAAGGCAGUCUCAUACAGACAAGUGGCUUUCGACUUCACAAAAGUAAAAAGAGGCGCGGAUGGCGUAAUGAGAACUUUGAACACUGAGAAGCUCCUAAAGACCAUCCCUAUCAUCCAAAACCAGAUGGAUGCACUCCUCGACUUCAACGUAAAUGCCAACGAGCUCACAAACGGGGUCAUUAACGCUGCAUUCAUGCUUCUGUUUAAAGACGCCAUCCGCUUGUUUGCAGCCUACAAUGAAGGGAUCAUCAACUUGCUUGAGAAGUACUUUGACAUGAAGAAAGCCCAGUGUAAAGAAGGCCUGGACAUCUAUAAGAAAUUCCUGACUCGAAUGACGAGAAUCUCAGAGUUUCUCAAAGUGGCAGAGCAAGUGGGAAUUGACCGAGGGGACAUACCAGACCUAUCACAGGCCCCCAGUAGCCUCCUGGAUGCCCUCGAGCAGCAUUUGGCUUCAUUAGAGGGGAAAAAGGUUAAGGACUCAACGGCCGCCAGCAGAGCCAGUACACUAUCCAAUGCCGUGUCCUCCCUGGCCAACACGGGAAUCUCUUUCACCAAAGUUGAUGAGAGGGAAAAGCAGGCAGCUCUGGAGGAAGAGCAGGCUCUAUUAAAAGCUCUUAAGGAGCAGCGCUUGAUGGAACUGUCCAAGAAGCCCUCCACGACUGCUGCAUCUCCCGUUUCCACGGCGACAGGCACCAUCAGUUCCACCCCUGCCAUUGACCUGUUCUCUACACCCAGCAGCUUCAUUAACAGUACUCCGAAGGUGCCGAACGAUCUGUUGGACCUGCAGCCCACGUUCCAGCCCUCCCUGCCUCUCUCCACUGGCCUGCCUUUAGCCAACACAUGGGGAGAUCCUUUCACGUCUACAGAGGCUGUUGACGACUCCAUUCCAAACUUAAAUCCUUUCCUUACAAAAAUUGUUGAUCCUGUCCAUCUGCCUGUUGUGUCUUCAGAUGCUGUUAGUUUUUCCUUUAGGACACCCAGUCAUGAAAUGUUCUGUGAUAAUUCCAAUCCCUUUAUUGAUUCAAGCUGUUCCGUUGCAUCACCCGUCGAGCCCUCUGCUCGGAUGGGCUGCUUCCUGUCAGACUCGUUCUGCUCUCCAGCUGCUUACCCUAGCACUCCUCUCUUCCACGCUGAGCCCUCCGCUGUAGCUGGACUAUUCGGAGGGUUCUCUGCUCCUCCCGCCACCCAGCCUCCCAGUUCAACAGGCCUUAAUGUCGACUUUGACUCCGUGUUCGGCAAUAAGUUGGCCACCAGCAGCACAGACUCGACUGAUGAUAUUUUAGGUGGCAUCCUGAAACCCACAGUGGCCUCUUCCAACCAGGGCCUGAUGCCCAGCGCCCAACAGCAAGGCAAACUGGUUUCCGAUGACUUGGAUUCCUCCCUUGCCAACCUUGUGGGCAAUCUUGGUAUUGGAAACGGAACAACAAAGAAUGACAUUCACUGGAGUCAUCCCGGUGAAAAGAAGUUGACUGGAGGAAACAACUGGCAACCAAAGAUGGCUCCGACCACAACAUGGAAUCCUGCCACCAUGUGGGAUAAACAGGAUGGCAUUUUUUUCCCACAAUACGCACCUUCUGUCAUGGCCUUCCCUGCCACAACGCCCACAGGAAUGAUGGGAUACUCAGUGACCCCUCAAAUGGGCUCCAUGACCAUGAUGACCCAGCCCACCAUGAUGUACACUCAGCCUGUGAUGCGGCCAGCCAAUCCCUUCGGCCCGGUCUCAGGGGCACAGCUCUCUACAGCCUCUAGUCCUUCCAGUUCAAGUCUUCUCCGAGCUCCGGGACAGGACCCUUUUGCACAGAUGUCUAUGAAGGAUUUCCUUUAGACCGUCUUUAGAUGCAGUUCAUGUAGGUGAAGGAGGGUGGAUGCUUCCCAAGGAGGAAUUAUAUGGCAAAUCUCAGACCUUUAAUCUCUCUCCAGUUGACUAUUCGACUCCUCACGGAGAGUUCUGCCCCAGUACAAACCUGUACAGGAAUCAGAGGGAGGGGUGGGAGGGGCUUUAUGGGAUAUGACGGGUGGGGACGGGAUGGGUAAGACUCUUUUACCCAGAGAUGGAGGACACUGCGCUCACUUUGUAAUUUGUCGCUGUAACAUUUAUUGUACCAAUCUGCAUCUGUAAUGAAACGAAUGGGUGUUGAGAGAGCGCGAGUGCUGGAAUGUGGUGGGUUUUCACUCAAACACGGCUUCACUUUUUUCCCAUGGAGGGAUUUGGGUGGACUUCUGUCUUUAUCCGAUCACCAAUCAAGCAUUACCUGAUUUAAUGAUCACCCAUUAGAAAUUCUAACAUUGGUUUCUACCAUGAUUUCUACUUUAUUUCUAUUUUUUAUGACGUUUGCAGUUGACAUUCCUUGUGUAUUGUCUGUAUUUAUUUAUGAUUUACCCACUGAGUACAUGAAAGAAAUUCUUUUUUUUUUCUUUUACUCUUUCUUAUGGGAGGUGUUUUGAAUUAUGCAUUCAUAUGGGUAUGACUGGUUGUUUAUUUCAGAUUUUGACUGACUGAAUUAUGAAAAAAAAAAACAUAUAAAUGGGGGGGGGGAAUGGACACUUAUAAACUGACUGGUACAGCACUAAGUAUUCUCAGAAACAGUUCUAUGUCUAGUGCAAUUUCUUUGUAGCUCAAACACUCACCGCCUUCCAUUCGUAACAGACAGAGGAUAAAAUAUAUGAAUCAUUAUGACACAGUCAGUUCUGUCCCCCGGGAGGUGGGUGGGUUUUUGUGAGGGAGCAUUUAGCAAAGCACUACAUUUGUGAUUCAGCGACAUUGCAUUUGGGGAAGAUCUGUAUUGCUUUCUGUUUGGCAUGUCAUAAUUUUACAUUUGACCGUUAUAUGGAUGCCUUUUCAACCUGAAUGUGCAGAGUCGCCUUCAUUUUCGGGCCAUCCUGAAGGAGAACAGUUGUGGGUGUGUUUGUGGCUGCGAAUGUGAGCAAGAAACGCAGGAUGCUGUCGGUGUCAGGAUGGGUUUGGUAGGGUCUAGCUGUAGGUCCAGUAGAGUGAUGAAAAGGGGGGGGGGGGGGGCGGCUGUUGAUCAGUGCUCCGUGUAUAUAAAACCAGCCCUGUCCAAUAUGGAGGUACACAUAGGGUGGCCCGAAUAUGAGCGUGAUCCUAUCCAUUGAUUUAUCAUAUUUACUCCAUCAUCCCUGCAGAUUCUAUUUUGUUUAAAUGACAAUAAAUAAAUAAAUAUGAAGCAGAAUUUGGGUGAUUUUCAAAUAAAGUGCAGAUCCCACAGAA